GGUGGCCGAUGAGUGCGCUAUUGAAUGCUUAGCUGAGUGGGUGGGCUUGGUCGAAAGAUCCAGAUGUCGAGCCCUAAAAUCAUCUUGUAGUCGAGAGAGUCACACAGCCAGGCUGUCGAGUUCAAGCAGAGCCGGGGUUUCAGCAGGGUAAGAGACCGUUGUAGAGAUGCUGUUCCGAGUAAGUAGUUUUGUCCUGCUUCUUCACACCUCAAAAGCAAAGCAGAAAACACCACCAUACCACAUGCCGGAAAUAAGCACUCCCAUCAUGCAGCAACAAACCAAGACAUCUGACCACUUAACCCACCUUCCUCUUUCCUUCCAGACCUUGUUGCGAACGAGGAAAAAGGGGCAGCUGCGUAAAUUAAUAUAUUGCACGCGAAGAGAAAGAGAGCAAAACGCAAGGGCCGAAACGUGUCUUGGUGUUUCUGCAGAUCCAGAAAUCAGACUCCACUUUCACCACUCUAUUAACCGAGUGCAAAGAGUGGAGAGGCGUGUGAAGCAAUGAAGAUCAUGGCUUUCCAACGACAUGCCAUCCUCUU